CAAGAUAACACUCACUAGUACUUUCUAAAACUGCUUAAGUGGUGUGACAGGUGUUCAUUUUGUUCUAUUUAAAAGUUGUGUAAAAAUGAGUUACCCUCCACCCGGCCCACCGCCACCGCCAUAUUACGGCGCCCCUCCCCCGCCUUGGCCUAUUCCACCUCCCUAUAGUUACCCGGCUCCUCCGUCUACCUAUCAACCCCCUCAGCAUUCACAUCAGUACCCCCCGGCGCCGGAUCACAGUCAGAGUGGCCAGCCCGCCCCCUAUCCUUACUUCGUGCCGGGGACCAUGAUGGUACCAAUUCCUAUCCCACAGGAGCCUCCCAGCCAACCUACUUAUAUAACCAACUACAUAUACCAUGGAGAGACAGCCGCGACCAGCUCCGAGCCGGUGCAAGUAGCUGAGAGUUCUGGAGACUUUGAUUGGAUUCCCACAACCGCGACGACGGCGGGACAUCUGACAGGCAAGGCCGUGCUAGGCGGCCACGAGGGAUGGGAUGGAAGCCCGCUUUGGGUGAUCCGGUCCUGGCACAACGGAGACCUGAUCCCCGGCAAGCUGUCAGUCAGACACAACGCGGCAUCAGUCAUGUACAAUGGGAAGGAGAUUCCGGUGCAGAACAUCGAAGUACUCUGCGCGAGGCCGGAGAACUUGCGAUGGGUGCCGGCGUCAAACGGGAAUGUACCUCCUGGCGCAAUUCCUGGCGGGAAGACGAUAUCUGGAGAGACACUGUACAUCGGCCGGGCUCGACACCAGCUGUCUAUCACACCGGGCAAGGUGCAUCCCAGCCACAACGCGUGCUACAUCGGCUUCGGCGGCGCAGAGGUCGUGCAUAAGAUGUACGAUGUCCUCUGCAGGAUUAGUUGAACCUUUGAUGAACUCACAGUGAUCAACAUUAACGUAUUAAAAAAAACAGAAAGAUAUUUGAUACAGUAUUAAAAUAUUUUGCGUGCCAUUUUAUCUUCUAUUGAUAAGCGCUGAUAACGUAAAAUGAACCGGAUUUUGAUAUUGUUUUCAGAACAUUAGU